UUUUAGGAAAAAAAAAAAGAAAAAAAACCUUAUCUUUGAAAUGAGACCAAACUAACUUAUCCAAAACUACACAACACAAAAAGCUUUCAGGAGCAACAAUGGCAGCCCUCAGAAUCCAAAUCCACCCCACAAACCACAAGACUUCCCGUUACCUCAAAACUUACCCUCCUUCCAUCUCUUGCUCAAUGCAGCAACCUCCUCAAAACAACAUCAAGGUGGUGAUCAAUGGAGCAGCUAAGGAGAUCGGAAUGGCUGCUGUGUUAGCAGUCACAAAAGCCAGAGGAAUGGAAGUCGCCGGAGCUGUUGAUUCACACCUAGUCGGAGAAGAUAUAGGACUGGUUUGUGGCAUGGAAGAAGCUCUAGAGAUACCUAUAAUUAGCGAUCUCACCAUGGUACUAGGUUCCAUAUCUCAGUUAAAAGCGACAUCAGUUGUAGUUGAUUUCACAGAGCCUUCAACAGUUUACGACAAUGUCAAGCAGGCAACAGCAUUCGGCAUGAAUAGUGUGGUAUAUGUACCACGAAUCAAACCCGAAACCAUAGCAGCAUUAUCAGCCUUCUGCGAGAAAGCCAGCAUGGGUUGUCUGGUUGCACCAACAUUGUCAAUAGGAUCGAUAUUACUCCAACAAGCUGCAAUUUCAGCUUCAUUUCAUUAUAACAAUGUUGAGAUUGUUGAAUCUAAAGCUAAUGCAGGAGUGUUCCCAUCGCAAGAUUCUGCGCAGAUCGCCAAUAACCUUUCCAACCUCGGACAACUCUACAAUAGAGAUGAUCUUGACACCAAUGCUCCAGCAAGAGGACAACGAUUAGGAGAAGAUGGGGUUCGUGUGCAUAGUUUAGUUCUUCCUGGGCUUGUGUCUAGUACAACGGUCUAUUUUUCGGGACCCGGAGAGAUGUAUUCUAUCAAACACGAUAUCACAAAUGUCCAAUGUCUCAUGCCAGGACUUAUUCUAGCGAUCAGACAAGUUGUGCGUCUUAAGAAUCUGGUGUACGGUUUAGAGAAGUUCUUGUAGAAAUAGGUUUCUUAAAUUGACUCCACUUAUUGAUAACAAAAAGAUAUUUCAAAUUCGGAUUUUGAAUUUGUCCAAAUGAUGCGAGAGUAUUUUUUUGUUAAAUCCUAAAAAAUGACAUUUUAGGAUGUUGUUACAUCAUGGAGACGUUUAAAUUUUGCUUGACA